AUUUUAUUAUAUUUUAUUUCCCUCCUGAUCGCCCAUGGACGUGGGAAUAGAAUGCCACAGUUGUCACCGCCCCCAAGAUCGACCUAGCUCCAUCCAAUCUUGCUUACUAAUACCACAAAAAAAGGUCCGUGCUCGGGCCAAGUCACUGGCUUCGACAUGGGUCUGCUUGCCUUCCAACAGCACUCUUGAAUCUGGUCUGGGGUUGACAGAGCUUCGUUUCUCUCCUUAGCUGCUCCUUUGCCGUCUGACUUGUCUGCCUCUGGUCUUCCUUGUCCUCGAUCAGAAUCCUAAUCCUAAUCACCAUAAGUUGUGCCUCUAUCGACCCCUCUCGCAAGCCUGAGAGGCUGCCACGACCACAGGUGCUGCGUUUUUGUAAUCGCUACGUACCUGGUAUAUGGGCCGUGCUCGCUAAAUUUGAGCUUCAAUCAUGCAGCAUACGUUUCGAUAACUAGCUACAGGCCCAAACCCCUAAUGGCAGAGAGCUGGGAUGCUGGUCAUGGCGGGCCACGAAAGCGACCUACCUUUGCUGCUAGAUCGGCUGAUGCUGCCGGCACUGGGUUUGAUACAGAAACUCGAUCUAGCGACAAUGGCAAUGGAACUCAAUAUGCUGCUCCAGCUCGACCAUACGAACCUUUAAUGUCAACCUCUCCUCCGCCGGCCGGAGGUCGAGCUUUUACGAGUAGCAUUUUUGGGAGUUGGGGAAAGAGAAAGUCUCAAGAUGUUGGCAGGGAAGCAGACGUGGAACAGCAAAGGACCCCAGGCGUAGUUUUAGUGAGGCGCGCGUCCGUCGCUCUGCAGGAUCCACGAAAUAUUGAUUUCCUUGACAAGAAGGAGAAGGUUGAUCAGAGAUCUGGUGCGCCAGAUGGCUCCGGCAAACUUGGUAGCUUUUCAGGCGUCUUUGUUCCCACCACCUUAAAUGUACUGAGUAUUCUUAUGUUCCUUCGGUUUGGGCUCAUCCUGGGACAAGCUGGAGUUUUGGGUACAUUGGGAAUGCUUGCUGCCUCGUAUCUGAUAAAUCUCUUGACGACCAUGUCUAUUUCAGCGAUCGCAACAAACGGGACGGUCCGCGGAGGUGGUGCCUACUACCUGAUAUCCAGGUCCCUAGGCCCGGAAUUCGGUGGCUCAAUUGGAAUCGUGUUUUAUAUCGGGUUUGUCCUCAACACUGGAAUGAAUGCCGUCGGCUUAAUCAAUUGUCUGAUUCAAAGUUUUGGGUCCGUAUCCGGCAAAUGGUCCCAAAUUAUGCUGGAAGGAUUUUGGUGGACCUAUCUUUGGGCCACCAUCGUCCUGGUCCUCUGCACGGUAAUUUGUCUGGCAGGGAGCUCGAUAUUUUCCCGCGCCAGCAAUGGACUCCUUGUUAUUUUACUGGUGGCAACUUUCAGCAUUCCGGUUUCUGCCCUGAUGAUGGAACCAUUCAAAAAUAAGGCCCUGGGAAUUGAAUUUACUGGACCCAGUUCAAAAACUUUUGUCGAUAAUCUUCUGCCAAGGCUUACAAAAGGCGCUGCUGGAAGUCAAAUACGAGGUCGGCAGACCUUUCAGGAUUUGUUUGGUAUUCUAUUUCCUGCUACUGGUGGCAUAUUCGCGGGUGCAAGCAUGUCCGGCGAUUUGAAGCAUCCUAGUAAAUCUAUACCGAAAGGCACAUUGUGUGGGCUCGGAGUGACCCUCUUUACUUACACUGUGGUGAUUCUAUCAAUGGCAUGUAGUAUCACCAGAACAUCCCUAUAUAACGAUGUCAAUAUCAUCCAAGAUACUAACGCUUCCGGAAUUCUUAUUCUGCUUGGGGAGUUCGCGACAUCAUUUUUUUCGUCCUUAAUGGGGGUCAUUGGCUCCGCAAAAUUGCUUCAGGCCAUAGCUCGAGAUACCCUUAUCCCCGGAUUAACAGUCUUUAGCCAAGGUACAGCGAAACAGGACGAGCCGACCAAUGCUAUCAUCUUCACUUUCGUCGUUGCCCAAAUUGCGAUGCUUUUUGACAUCAACCAGAUCGCAUCGUUCAUCACAAUGACCUAUCUCAUGACAUUCUUAGUAACCAACUUGGCUUGUUUCCUGCUGAAAGUUGGAUCAGCACCGAACUUCCGCCCCUCCUUCCACUAUUUCAAUUCGUGGACAGCCCUAUUUGGAACAGUAAUCAGCGGUGUUACCAUGUUCUUCGUGGAUGGAGUCUACGCGUCAGGCUGUGUUUGCAUAUUGAUGCUGUUAUUUCUCCUGAUCCAUUAUACCACACCUCCUAAGUCGUGGGGUGACGUUAGCCAGAACCUCAUCUACCAUCAAGUUCGCAAAUAUCUCCUUCGUCUUCGUCCAGAACAUGUCAAAUUUUGGCGCCCGCAAAUUCUCUUGUUUGUCAACGACUUUGACUCUCAAUAUAAAAUGAUUCACUUCUGCAAUUCGUUAAAGAAAGGCGGUCUAUUCGUUCUUGGGCAUGUUAUAGUCGCGGAUGACUUUGCCAGCGCGGUCCCAGAUGCACGCCGAGAACAAGCCUCGUGGACUAGAUUUAUCGAAUUUUCUAAAGUGAAGGCCUUUAUCAACAUAUCGGUUGCUCCUACCGCGGAAUGGGGAAUUAGAAAUAUCGCACUGACUUCGGGACUAGGGGGCAUGCGGCCCAAUAUCGUUAUUAUCGAUGAGUUCCGCAAGAAUCAAUUGGUCGCGGAGACGCCAUUUGCGUCCCGUUUGAGACGACGCAGCUCCAUUUCUAAACCCACGGAUCCUCUAAACGGCAACGAAACUCUCGAUGCUUCGAUAAGCGGGACAGAAUCUUUCAAAGCCGACUAUAAGAUGAGUGUUCAGAGUUAUCUGACCGUAUUGGAGGACCUAUUGUUCAAAUUACGGAUCAAUGUGGCUAUAGCUAAAGGAUUUGAUAAACUCGAGCUGCCGGCCGCAAAUGGCGGCAAUACAAAGAAAUACAUCGACUUAUGGCCUAUCCAAAUGUCCGCGGAAAUAGCAACUGAUGGGACAAGUAAACAAAACCUGCUCACGACUAACUUCGAUACAUACACUCUAAUUUUACAGCUCGGAUGCAUUCUGAACACAGUGCCGUCGUGGAAAAAGUCAUACCGUCUUCGUGUGGCGGUAUUUGUGGAGUACGAGAGCGAUGUCGAGGAGGAGCGUAGAAGAGUGGCAACGUUGCUUGAGAAGCUCAGGAUUGAAGCGAAGGUCCUUGUCUUCUGGCUUGCCAGCGGUGAUUUUAAGUCAUACCAGAUAAUAGUUAAUGGCGAUGAGUCCGGCCUCGACCAGGCGACUAUCGAUGCGGUGGAUCGUGCAUUGAAGGAUGAGGAUUGGUGGCAGGAUGUCCGCCGGGUCCGGGCCGAAAAUGUCAGCCCGCAGAAAGGGGCAUCGACACUCCUAGGUACAGCACCAAAAUGGCCAGCCUCUUCAUUUCAACAUGGGCGUCACAGGGGCAAUAGUUCGCGACUUGAUAGCCUGCGAAAGCUGAUUGAAAAUUCAAAGAGGAGACGGUCCAUUGGUAGUUUUGGGGCAAUGGGUUUCACCCUUGGUAUGCAAACACAGCGCUUGUUGGAUACGAUGGUGGACUACCAUUCAGAUAAUAGUUCGGAGUCCUCAAGCGAUGAUAGCGAUUUUGAACCAUAUUUUAGUGACGGUGAUCACGGUGCGAAUGAUGAUUCGAGUACGAAGCAGCCGUCCCAGUCAAAUACUGAAGAAGCAGGAACAGCAGCAAAGAGCCCUUCAGACGACUUGAGGCAGAGAAUCCGGGCAGGUCUACACAAAUCCAAACGCCACAAGAUGACACAUGUUUUGCCCAGAGCCAGUACAGAGACUGCUGUUGAAGACGAGCCGUCGAGUCCAUCUGGCUCUGAAGCUACGCCACUUCGUCGUCACAUUCCAACGAUCACCACAACAGACGAUGACGGCUUGCAAGGUUCAGCCUUCACAGGCCGCCCUGACGUACCCCGAUCAGUAUCAAGCAAUAAAUUUUCCUCCUCGCCAAUCCCCACUACCCGAGUAGCCGACAAGGAAGACUCAGGCCCAUCGAUUAUGUUUGCCAGCAGCCCUCCGAGAGACGACUUAUCAUCCGGCCCAUCAGGUCCGCGCGAAUCAAUUUACGCAAGACAGCCUACGCCAGACGCUGCGGCAUCAUCCCGUUCGAAUUCACCAUCGAGAGGCUCCCCGUCACCAAACAAUAACUCAGUCCAGAAUGUUGUCCCCCUGUCGUUUAAUGACCUCCCCUGUCGCGCGCAGCAUCUGAUACUAAACGAGCUGAUAAAAAGCCAUAGUCAGAAGACAGCGGUUAUUUUCACGACGUUGCCAUCGCCGAUAGAGGGGACGUGGCGCGACACGGUUGCCAGCGAAUCAUAUGUGAGCGAUCUUGACCUUAUGUGCAAUGGACUUCCCCCGUGUCUGCUGGUUCAUAGUAAUAGUAUGACCGUGACGAUGAAUCUCUGAUUGAUUCAAUGUUAUUUAUUUUUCGGUUUCUUGCCCUCGCAUAUAUGCCUGUCUCUUUUCUUGUUUUCAUCUGCCAUAUACAGUACAUGAUGAUUAUGAUUUAGAGUUUUGACCUGCAUAUACAUCCGAGCGCACAAAGAGUACUUUCAUUUUGAUAUUACAUAUCUCCUCAACCCGCUUCUGUGGCAUCUGGAUCUUUUUGGUAUCCUUUACUCUGGUUCUAUAUCGAUUUUUUCUUUUUCUUUCUUUCUUUCUUUCUUUCUUUCUU